CUGGUCAUCAGGGCCACUGCAGUCUGGAAAGCAUUUCCCGUCGGUCAUCUCACGGUCAUCUCACUCUGUCUCCCCCAGCCCGGCGCCUGCCUGCCAGCAUCUCUCGUGCUUGCUGAGAACUCAGACACCGGCUACCUGGCCAUGACCACCACAUUUCUGCAAACUUCUUCCUCCACCUUUGGUGGGGGCUCUAACAGAGGGGGUUCCUUCCGGGCUGCGGGAGGCGGCUUUGGUGGCGGGAGCCUCUACGGGGGAGGUGGAAGCCGCAGUAUCUCAGCUUCUUCUGCUAGGUUUGUCUCUUCAGGGUCAGGAGGGGGGUAUGGGAGUGGCAUGAGCUGUGGCUUUGGUGGAGGGGCUGGUAGUGGUUUUGGUGGAGGCUUCGGGGGUGGUGUUGGUGGGGGUUUUGGUGGUGGCGAUGGCGGUCUCCUCUCUGGCAAUGAGAAGGUCACCAUGCAGAACCUCAACGACCGCCUGGCCUCCUACCUGGACAAGGUGCGCGCCCUGGAGGAGGCCAACACGGAGCUGGAGGUGAAGAUCCGCGACUGGUACCAGAAGCAGGCCCCGAGCAGCCCCGAGCGCGACUACAGCCACUACUUCAAGACCAUGGAAGAGCUCCGGGACAAGAUCCUGGCGGCCACCAUCGACAACUCCCGCGUCAUCCUGGAGAUUGACAACGCCAGGCUGGCUGCGGACGACUUCAGGCUCAAGUAUGAGAACGAGCUGGCCCUGCGCCAGAGCGUGGAGGCCGACAUCAACGGCCUGCGCCGCGUGCUGGACGAGCUGACCCUGGCAAGGACCGACCUGGAGAUGCAGAUCGAGAGCCUGAACGAGGAGCUGGCCUACAUGAGGAAGAACCACGAGGAGGAGAUGAAGGAGUUCAGCAGCCAGCUGGCCGGCCAGGUCAACGUGGAGAUGGACGCAGCGCCAGGCGUGGACCUGACCCGAGCGCUGGCGGAGAUGAGGGAGCAGUACGAGGCCAUGGCGGAGAAGAACCGCCGGGAAGCUGAGGCCUGGUUCUUCAGCAAGACCGAGGAGCUGAACAAGGAGGUGGCCUCCAACACGGAAAUGAUCCAGAGCAGCAAGACGGAGAUCACAGACCUGAGACGCACCCUGCAGGGGCUGGAGAUCGAGCUGCAGUCCCAGCUCAGCAUGAAAUCGGGGCUGGAGAACUCGCUGGCGGAGACGGAGUGCCGCUAUGCCACGCAGCUGCAGCAGAUCCAGGGGCUCAUCAGCGGCCUCGAGGCCCAGCUGAGCGAGCUGCGAUGUGAGAUGGAGGCUCAGAACCAGGAGUACAAGGUGCUGCUGGACAUCAAGACGCGGCUGGAGCAGGAGAUCGCCACCUACCGCAGCCUGCUGGAGGGCCAGGAUGCCAAGAUGGCUGGCAUUGGCAUCCCAGCAGCUGCUCUGGGAAGUGGCGGUGGCAGCAGCAGUGGCAAUUUGCACAUCAAAAUAGAGGAGUCUGUGGAUGGAAAGAAGUUUUCUUCCCACCAGUGAGAAAUCUAAGUGCCCAGUGCAGGGGAAACGUCCCCUGCCACCCCCACCCUCCCCAGGCUGAGUGGAGGCGGGGCCAGAGGGGCUGGACAAGGAGACUCCAGUUCCUGUCUUGAGGGAGAGACCAGCUGAAGAGGGUCCCUCCGGUCCCUCCCCCUUCUCGGUGGGGGCUUUGCAUGCUCGCCCUUCCUCCCCUCUACCCCUCCCCAGCAGAAGCAGCUGAAUUGUGUAACCAGUUCAUUUGUGCAGUGUCUGUUCAUGCAAUAAAAAAUUGCCUUUCCUCAAAAAUA